AUAACAAAGGCGCAAAUCAAGGUUUCCUGUAGGACGCUAUACACAUUAGGCUUUGCUGUAAAUUCCGAACGACGGUUUGCAACGACCAAAGGUAGUUCCGCUUUCGCUGGCACUCGUACUUUCCUUUUCAUCUUCCACUUGAACAAUAUGUGGUGUAUUGUUACUUAAACACACAAUUCAUUGCUAAGUAGCGCCGCCAAGUUUUCCCGCCGCCGCAUCGUCCGUGAGCAGCCGCACGGUGCAGCGGAGGCACCACUAUGGUGAAAGCAUACCUUCGAUAUGAAUUCUCAGCCGCUUUCGGGGUCAUUACGAGCUCUGCGAACCCUACGUAUGACGCGAGCGGGAAGCUGCUCUUCACCGCAUCGCUGGAGAACAUUUCCGUUUGGAACGCCAAGCAAGGCAGCCUGGUACGGCAGCUAAGCCCCGUUGUAACCAGCACCAGUACCGGUUCCGGAGCCAGUGGCGGCGGUGUUGCGGAGGUGACAGUGCUCUGCUGCGCCCCCGGCAGCGCCACCAUCGCCGCGGGGUACUCGGACGGCACGGUGCGGCUCUGGGACUACCUCUCUGGGGAAUGCAGUGUCACCUUCCGGGGACACAAGACCGCCGUAUCCUGCCUCCGCUACAACGGCGGCGGCUCUCUGCUGGUCAGCGGCGGUCGGGACACCGACCUGGUGGUGUGGGACGUGGUGGGGGAGACGGGGCUGUACCGCCUGAAGGGGCACAAGGACCAGGUCACGGAUGUGUCCUUCUUGCCCGGGCAGUCCAAGUUGGUCUCCUGCAGCAAGGACGGUCUGGUCAAGGUGUGGGAUCUGGACACACAGCACUGUUGCCAGACCCUGACGGGGCACAAGGCGGAGGUCUGGUCACUGGAUGUCAACCCCGCGGGGACGCGGCUCGCCACCGGGUCCACGGACAAUGAAAUUCGCGUCUUCGCCGCGGUGGAGGUGACAGGAGGCGGCGGUGCGCCUGCCGCGGGUGGUGCUGCUCCGGGUCGGGAGGAUCGCGACCACAUUGUGCUGGUGGCCAUGGGGUCUGUGAGGCGGGGAGCUGCCGCCCACGAGCGGGUGGCCAUGCUGCGGUUCAGCGGCGAUGGGGAGUGGCUGGGUGUGCAGGCGGCUGGCAAGGGGCUGGAGCUAUUCAGAGUCCGGGAUGAGGAUGAGGCACGGAAGAAGCUGAAGCGACGCAAGCGGCGGCGGAAGGAGAAGGUCGCGAAGAAGGCCGCGGGGCGGGCAACAACGGGCACGACGAGGACGACGGAGGUGACGGCGGCGGUGAUGAUGACGAGGACAACACAAAGGCAAGACUGGGCUUAUCUCCUUGCCGUCAGCAAGGGCGCCAAGAUCAAGGCGUUUUGCUUCGCGCCGCCGGCUGUCAAACUAGCCGCCGGGGUGGCGUGUCGGCUGGUGCUGUCGCUGUCGAACAACUGCAUCGAGAUCCUCAACGUCGCCUCCGAAACCCACUCGUACGACACCGCCUCCCGCAUCGACCUUGGCGGUCACCGUUCCGACGUCCGCGCGCUGUCCCUGUCCUCGGACGACUCCGCGCUGCUGACCGCCUCCUCCGCCGCCCUCAAGUUGUGGAACCCCCGCACGGGCUCGUGCCUGGCCACCAUGGACAGCGGGUACGGGCUGUGCGUGCUCUUCGCACCCGGGAACAAAUUCGCGGUGAUCGGGACCAAGGAAGGCACCUUGGAGGUGUUCGACCUGGGUGCCGCCACCCGGGUGCAUGUGGAGGAGGGGGCGCACGGGGGGGCGGUGUGGGCGUUGGCGCCGCUGCCCAACAAGACCGGCUUCUUCAGCGGGGCCGCGGACAAGACCGUCAAGCUGUGGCACUGGUCAGUUGUCAGCCUGGAGGGCGGCUCCAAGUCCCUGAGACUAGCGCACGUGCGCACUGUGCCCAUGGCGGAUGAUGUGCUGGCAGUGCGUUGCAGUCCGGACGGCAAGCUGCUCGCCGUGGCACUGCUGGAUGCGACUGUCAAGGUGUACUUUGCGGACAGCAUGAAGUUCUUCUUGUCCCUGUACGGCCACAAGUUGCCCGUACUGUGUAUGGACAUAUCCUCGGACUCCUCAAUGCUGCUCACUGGUUCCUCAGACAAGAAUAUCAAGGUGUGGGGUCUGGAUUUCGGUGACUGUCACAAGUCCUUGUUUGCUCACGGUGACGCGGUCAUGUCGGUGGCCUGGGUGCCCGGCACCCACUACGCCUUCUCCGCGGGCAAGGACCGGCUGCUCAAGUACUGGGACCUGGACCGGUUCGAGCUGCUGCUGGAGCUGCCGGGGCAUCACGGGGAGGUGUGGUGCUGCGGAGUCAGCCAGUUUGGGGAUUUUGUGAUUACAGGUUCCCACGACCGGUCCAUUCGGCGGUGGGAGCGUACCGCAGAGCCGUUCUUCGUGGAGGAGGAGCGGGAGCGCCGACUGGAGUCGCUGUUCGAGGCCGACAUGGAGACUACCGCCGCAGACAGAGACGCCGCCGCCGGUGCCGCCGGCAACGACGCCACCGGCACCGCAGCGGCGACACCCGCGGGUCGUCGUACACUGGAGGCCGUCAGCGCUGCCGACGCCAUCAUCGACGCACUGGAGGCGGCGGCACUGGAGAUGGACAGGUUGCGUACGGCAGACCGCGAACGUGCUGAGGCGGCGGCGGCGGGGCGUCCGCCUCCACAACCUCUGCCCCCCAACGCGUUGCUGGCCGGUCUGGCUCCCAGCGCCUACGUGCUCAAGGUCGUUUCGGGGGUGCGAGCCAGUGAGCUUGAGCAGGCAGUCAUGAUGCUGCCGUUUGCGGAUGCUUUGCGGCUGCUGGGGUACCUGCCACAGUGGCUGCAGGCCGGUGGGCCGGCGGUUGAGCUGACGGUACGGCUGGCAGUGCUGUUGGUGCGUUUACACCAGGGGCAGUUGGUGGCGACGGCGGCGGCGAGGCCAGUACUGCUGGCGCUGCAGCGGCGGCUGCGUGGCGCGGCUCAGGGGUUGAAAGACGUGGUGGGAUUCAACUUGGCUGCGAUGUCGCACCUGACGAGGCGGGCGAGGGAGCGGGAGGGGGUCACGGAAGCGGACGUGAUCGUGCCGGCCAAGAGGCAGCUGCUGGGGAAGGGCGCGUGAGGUGUGUGUGUGUGUGCAGAUGUGUUUAUGUACUUUAAGAUUUGGCUGAGCAGCCAGACUGGGUGUGUAUGGUGGUAUCCUGUGUAGCCAUAGAGUAAACGAAGUGAGGAAGAUUUCGGGACGGAGGGCGCAAGGAGUGGUUUUGGAUAGGGAAGGGAUUGGAUCCGCGCUUGACUGUCGUUGCUGCUUUGCCGAGCGAGCCGGUGGUGUUCACCCGUUGAGCGCUUGGCGGCGAUUGGGCGAUGGCACGGGACGGUGUUGUUGGAGUAAGUUUAUUGACCGGAGCUGCCGGGUGCGACGACGGCAUGGCUUGUGGCCAGGCUUGCAACUUAACUUGUAGGCGCCUUUGACAAGAUUUAGGAGACCUUUGUGUGAACGGCUUUACGUGGCCAAAUGAGGGGGUACACUGAAAAACUGGAAAGGAUGAUACGACGGCGUCGUUACGCCUGAACGGCUUACAACGGACGUCGUUGACAGUUGUACGCUUCACUUUGUUUUCUCCUUCGUUACAAGAUCGUGGAGCGAUUAUGGAUACCCAAAUCACAUUUCAACCCCCAAGUCCU